UAUUUAUUAAUUUUGAGAAAAAAAAAUUGACAUUUGGGUAAAAAUAAGAAAUUCCAGGUAGCAACCCUGACUCUUUGGCAAUUAUUAUUAGUUUUGUAUGUUUCGCGCUGUUUUCUUUGAUUUUGAUGAAACUUUUCUAAUACGCAUUACAAUUCAUAAUUUUUAUUAUGACUACGGAAAACUUAAGCUCAUUUUUGAAAGCAUUAGAUGUUGUUAAACAGGACCAUACUUGCGGUCUUUGCUCAGAACUUUGCAAGAAUCCUGUCACGUUGAGUAAAUGUUUUCAUUUAAUAUGUGCAGAUCAUUUCAAAGAUUUAAAAUAUUGUCCCGUUUGUAAAAUAUCCCUAGACGGAUGCUCUACCUUUUCUGAUGAUCGUUUGAAUAAAAGUGUAGAGGCGGUCGCCGAGUUGGGCAAAAUUUUUGAUAAGUUCAAACCCGAAGAUUUGAGACUAACUAGAAGCGCAAGUGUCGAGGAAAAGCCUAAGUCCAAAUCGAAACCGUACAAAGCACCCAGUUCUAGCUCAAAAAAGGUAGGUAAAAAUGUUCUAUCUGAUAAAACCAACCAGUUAAAACCAGACUUGGAGUCGUCGUUAGUAUCCUCUAUUAGUAUUAAGACAGCUGAGAAAAGAAAUAAUAAAGGGGAGACUAUGCUGCACAUCGCGUGCCGUUUAGGCAAGCUCGAUAAAGUUACAGAAUUGCUAAAUCAAGGCGCUAACACAAAUACUAAAGAUAACGCAGGCUGGACACCCUUACACGAGGCUGUUCAAAAUGGCAGAUUGGAUUUAGUAAGUCUGUUGUUACAGUACAAUACGUUGAUAAAUGUCCCAGGUCAGGGUAAUGAGACUCCAUUGCAUGAAGCGGUGAGAUUCAAUCACAUAGAUAUAGCUAGAGAGCUGGUGAGGAAUGGAGCCGAUAUAAACAUGAGGAACUGCAAAGGUGAGACCCCAUUGCAGUUAGCGGUUGGUGAGAUGAAGGAAACAUUGCUAUCAGCCUCCGAGGAUAUUGUACACACUCAAACAGUGAACGUAACUCACAUGUCUGCAUUAUACUCGGAAUUGGAUUCCGAGGACAUACGGAUCUACUGUGUGUCAGAGUAUCGCACUGUUCAUAACAAACUCAAGUUGCUAGUGAAGCAUCACAGUAAUUUACAUAUCGAAGCAAAGUUUACUAAGAAAGUAACACAUUUGCUGGUAGACACCGAAGAUGAUGGGGUCUGUCCAUCAAGUUUAGACAUUCUUCAAGGGAUAGUCAUGAACAUAUGGAUAUUAUCAUCGCAGUGGAUCACAAAGUCCACUGACAGUAAAUUAGAGCCUUUCGGUAAUUAUGAAAUAACAGGAAUAGGUUCUAAAUCCUACAAUGGUCCUAAGAAUUCCAGAUACAAUAAGUACAAGCAAUUGCCUGGGCUUUUCAAUGGUUGUCAUAUAUAUUUUCACAAUUUUAACACCAAAUAUGAAAUAUCGAAGUCUAUAGUUGUAAAUAAAGCUAUACUUACUAAGUUGGUAACAGACGCUGGUGGAAUCGUGCUCAGGAGGGUGCCGAAUCCAGAAUCGAUACCGGAAUCAGAGAAAUUGGUACCGUAUCAUGCGAAGAGGGAUGGAAAAUUGACUGACUGCUCGCAUUAUAUAAUAUUCAAGGACGUUUACGAACCUAUGUAUAAUAUGAAACAUUUGAAGGCGUUGCCAGUGGGCUGGCUGAUUGAAUGUUUGGAAAAAUAUGAGUUGUGUGAGCCCAUCGAUUAUAAUUAUUUAUAAUUUAUUAUUAACGAUUGGUGAAAUAUGAUUAAUAAUUUAUAAAGUCAUUCCAAUAUUUAAGCAAUAUUAUAAAUUGACCAAAACAUAUCCACAAUUUUACUGUUAUAAUACAAUACGAGAAUAUAUUUGAAUUCUGAGAACUUUUCAAUUUUAAAACAAAAUUUUUUUUUUAUUUUGGUAGAAUACCAGUGCUGUCAAUAUAUGCUGUUUAAGCACCAGUGAAAGAGGAUAAAUGAGAAUGAAGUUUUUUUUAAUGAAUGAUAAUGAAAUAGUAAGCCCGCCUGCACUAUCAAUAUACACUGAUGGGGCACCAGUGAAGGAUGAUAGGUCAAUUGACCCAUCAUUUUGAAUUAAAAAAUAAAACAAUCACUAUGGUUUCCAGGGGGAAACGCGAGGAGGUCGGCCUGAUAGAUGAGGAGCUUAAUCCCAUUACUAACAAUCCUUUUCCUCAUAGAACGAAGGUUGAUGAAUGCUACUAGCAUUAAGUCCGUCUUUUGUACCAUAUCUCACUUGGUCAAUAUAGUUAAUUAAUAAAUGAAGCUAGGUGAGUUGGCCUAUCGUGACCAAUUCAGCAAGAACUAAAUAUGAUGGUUUCAAGAGGUGACCAUGCGGAGGUCGAUCUGAUAGGAUGUAUCGGUAAUAAAGAAGACUUGAUUCCCCAUUACUAUCUCCCACAAAGUGAUCUGAUUAGACUUUUACGAAAUUGAGAAUUAUUCAUUAUGGAGACCAUAAAGAAUGUAAUAGGGAAUUUAAUUAAUUAAUUUAUUCUGAUAGGGGUGUCUUUGCAUUAUAAAUAACCUCUGCUUUAGUCUGUAGUGAUAGGCGAGAAAAAAAAAUAUUCAAAGCCUAUUUUCCCGCCAAUAUAUAUUUGUUUUUUAAUAUUUUUUUUUCUAUCAGUAAACUUCGAGUGACUACUGUGAUUUACGAGCAUAGAUUAAGGACCUAUUAAGAAUGUAAUAUGAUGGCGCCAUCUGUGCUGAACUUGGCAUAAGCUUCUCUAUUAUUAGUGUCUAGGCAUUUACUAAUCAAAUCCAUUAUGAUUUUUAACAAUUGUAUUUUUAUUUGAGAUUAUUUUUAUCAUUAUUUAAUAAUUAAAUGACUAUUAUUAGACAUUAUAACAAGCCAUACAAUUGUGAUAGUACCUAAGUGUAUGCAAUGCUAAGUGCAUGUAGAAUGAAAUUGAAUUAUUUACAUGUACAUAAUAUUAAGAAUCUACCAAUUACAUAGGAUCGGUUUUUGCUUCACGACAGAAACACGGAUAGGAUAGAAGUACCCAAGCAGGAUGACCUUUGUACAAAGUCUCGAUUCUACAUUAUUGUCUGAAUAAUUUUAAUUCGUUAAAAAACACAUGUUGCUUGUUUACUAAUUGUUCCAAAUGUAAACAAAUAUGGGUACUUUUUAUUCUUCCAUGGAAUGUGUUUAAAAUAAAUAUUUAUACUAUACGUUUUUAUAAAAA